AUGGAGAUAUCACAUAAAUUCAGUUGGGACCUUGUCCUGAUUUUGGCAGUGGCACUUACGUCACCUGCAAUCACGGUGCUGUGUAAUGACAUCCUGGGUCUGAAGGUGGCAGGAGAUCCAGUGCUGACCCCUACCUCUGUCUGCCUGCGGCUGGCGGGCCUGAGCAAGCGUCAGAUGCGUCUGUGUGUUCGGAGCCCCGACGUGACGGCUUCAGCCCUGCAGGGCAUACAGGUGGCCAUCCACGAGUGCCAGCACCAGCUCAGAGACCAGAGGUGGAACUGUUCUGCCCUGGAGAGCCUCAACAAGCUGCCCCACCAGAGCGCAAUCCUCAACAGGGGCUUCAGGGAGACUGCCUUCUCUCUGUCCCUGUUGGCAGCGGGUGUGGCACACUCCGUGGCUUCUGCCUGCAGCCUGGGCAAACUCCGUGACUGCGGCUGCGAGGCCAAGCGUCGCCUGGACGAUGACAAGAUCCGUCUCAAACUCACCCAACUGCAGCUGCAGACCCUACAGAGAGGCGGGGCCAGAGCGGGCAUGGGAGGGGGUGGGGGAGGAGGCCCCCCCGCCCCCCAGGAUUUCAAAGAUGUGCCAGCCAGCCAGCGUUCUGGUUCUACCCACCCCACCUCCCUCCUCAAUCCCCUGCCAGAGGACUUCAGCCCCCAGCAGGAAACCUGGGAGUGGGGGGGCUGUAGCCAUGACACCCGCUUCGGUGAGAGAUUCUCCAGAGAUUGGUUGGACUCCCGGGGGACUCCGAGGGAUAUCCACGCCCGCAUGAGGAUCCACAACAACAGGGUGGGCCGACAGCUUGUGACUGACAACAUGAAGCGGAGGUGUAAGUGCCACGGCACGUCAGGCAGCUGCCAGUUCAAGACCUGCUGGUACGUGUCUCCUGAGUUCAGGCUGCUGGGUUCUCUGCUGAGGGAUAAGUUCCUCUCCGCCAUCUUCAUCAACUCCCAGAACAAGAACAGCGGGGUGUUCAACCCCCGGGUCGCAGCUGGCAAUGGAGCCUUGAAUGGGGUUAGGAACGGGGCCGGAGUGGGGUCCAGAUCUGGGUCUGGGGGCGUGGGUAGCCCAAACAAUGUGGGUCGGCGGAGGCCGAGUGUGUCACGGGAGCUGGUCUACUUUGAGAAGUCUCCAGACUUCUGUGAGCGGGAGCCGUCCCUGGACUCCUUGGGCACCCAGGGACGGAUCUGCAACAAGACCAGCCACAGCAUGGACAGCUGCGGGUCCCUGUGCUGCGGGAGAGGGCACAAUAUCCUGAAGCAGACACGUAGUGAGAGGUGCCACUGCCGCUUCCACUGGUGCUGCUACGUGCUCUGUGAGGAGUGUCGAGUCACUGAGUGGGUCAACGUUUGUAAGUAG